CGGCGGCGGCGGCGGCCCCGAGCGGAGGGAAGGACUGACUGACUGACCGCGCCGCGAACGAGCGGGGACUGACCGAGCGACCGACUGCCCGCCCGAGGCGCCGCGAGUUCCGCCAUGAGCUGGGGCACGGAGCUGUGGGAUCAAUUUGAUAAUCUAGACAAGCAUACACAGUGGGGGAUUGACUUCUUGGAAAGAUAUGCAAAAUUUGUUAAAGAGAGGAUAGAAAUUGAACAGAACUAUGCGAAACAGUUGAGGAAUUUGGUUAAGAAAUAUUGCCCUAAGCGUUCUUCUAAAGAUGAAGAGCCUAGGUUUACCUCCUGUGUAGCCUUUUUUAACAUCCUUAAUGAGUUAAAUGACUAUGCUGGACAGAGAGAAGUAGUAGCAGAAGAAAUGGGACACAGAGUAUAUGGUGAAUUAAUGAGGUAUUCUCAUGAUCUGAAAACAGAAAGAAAAAUGCAUCUCCAAGAAGGACGAAAAGCUCAGCAAUAUCUUGACAUGUGCUGGAAACAAAUGGAUAAUAGUAAAAAGAAGUUUGAGAGGGAAUGCAGAGAGGCAGAAAAGGCUCAGCAGUGCUAUGAAAGAUUGGACAAUGACACCAAUGCAACCAAGGCAGAUGUGGAAAAGGCUAAACAGCAGCUGAAUCUUCGGACACACAUGGCUGAUGAAAAUAAAAAUGAAUAUGCUGCACAGCUUCAGAACUUUAAUGGAGAACAGCACAAACAUUUUUAUAUAGUCAUUCCUCAGAUUUAUAAGCAUCUUCAGGAAAUGGAUGAACGAAGAACCAUCAAACUCAGUGAAUGUUAUAAAGGAUUUGCAGAUUCAGAACGUAAAGUUGUUCCAAUAAUCUCAAAGUGCUUGGAAGGAAUGAUUCAUGCUGCAAAGUCAGUUGAUGAAAGAAGGGACUCACAAAUGGUCGUUGACUCUUUCAAGUCUGGAUUUGAACCUCCUGGAGACUUUCCUUUUGAAGAUUAUAGUCAACAUAUUUACAGGACCGUUUCUGAUGGUACUAUUAGUGCCUCUAAGCAGGAAAGUGGGAAGAUUGAUGCCAAAACCACUGUAGGAAAGGCCAAGGGCAAGUUGUGGCUUUUUGGAAAGAAACCAAAGCCACAGUCCCCACCCCUUACCCCUGCUAGUUUAUUCACAUCCAGUACUCCUAAUGGGUCCCAGUUUCUCACAUUCUCCAUUGAACCUGUGCAUUAUUGUAUGAGUGAAAUAAAAACAGGGAAGCCCAGAAUUCCUUCUUUCAGAAGCCUCAAAAGAGGGUGGUCGGUGAAGAUGGGUCCAGCAUUAGAGGAUUUCAGUCAUCUACCCCCAGAACAGAGACGUAAAAAACUGCAGCAGCGGAUUGAUGAACUUAACAGAGAACUGCAAAAAGAAUCAGACCAAAAAGAUGCACUCAACAAAAUGAAAGAUGUAUAUGAGAAAAAUCCACAAAUGGGGGAUCCAUGCAGUUUGCAGCCCAAACUAGCUGAGACAAUGAAUAACAUUGACCGACUGCGCAUGGAAAUACAUAAGAAUGAGGCCUGGCUUUCUGAAGUUGAAGGUAAAACAGGUGGGAGAGGAGACAGAAGACACAGCAGUGACAUAAAUCAUCUGGUAACACAAGGAAGAGAAAGCCCUGAGGGAAGUUACACAGAUGAUGCAAACCAGGAAGUUCGAGGACCACCACAACAGCAUAGUCACCCCAAUGAGUUUGAUGAUGAAUUUGAAGAUGACGAUCCCUUACCUGCUAUUGGACACUGUAAAGCUAUUUAUCCUUUUGAUGGGCACAAUGAAGGCACUCUGGCCAUGAAAGAAGGUGAAGUCCUCUACAUUAUUGAAGAGGACAAAGGAGAUGGAUGGACAAGAGCCCGGAGGCAGAAUGGAGAAGAAGGCUAUGUGCCAACAUCUUACAUAGAUGUGACUCUAGAGAAAAACAGUAAAGGUGCAGUAACUUAUAUCUAAACUCUAACCAGGCAGCUUCGUACCGUACGUUCCCCAGGAAAGAGAACUCUACAUACACAUUCAAUGGGAUGAAAAAUGUUAGGAAAACAUUUCAUUAUGGGUAUCUAAGGUUUAUUGUUCACCAUGUGAGCUUAGCUCAGGCUUGAUGCUUAAUUAAGAGUUGUGAAUAUUGUGGAAAGAAAAUGUUCUUUUUAUGCUUAUUUUUUGACUUGAGCAAAAUUCAUUGGGAUUUACUCACUGCUGUUGGCCUUAUGUCCUGCAUCAAUCCACUUGAAAGAUUCAUGGUUUUCUAUUUGACAAAUUAUAGCAUCUUAUUCAUUGAGAAGAUUCUUGUGGAAUGAAAGCCUUUUAUUUUCCUUGCUUCAGAAAACUAAUAAGAUAAAAGAGCUAUGAGAAAAUGAGACUACAUGGGAAUUCUAAAAAGCAAAAUUCACAAAAUUAUAGUAAUUUUUUUUUAACAAUGUAAGUUGUAAAGUGAUAGUUCCCCCCCAAAAUAAUUCACUAAUAACUGAUGAAUUUGGCCAAAGAAAAAUGCUCAUUUUCCCUUUUGUUUUCUAAGUAUUUUGUAACUAGUCUUCUAAAGAUGAAAAUAUGUUGUUCUGGGGGGGGAAAUAAUUUGACCUAGUCACUUUGUAUGUUUGUAAGUUGUAUGUUUCCUGACGAGGAAAUGUUUUCUGAAUUUUUAGCAAUUUUCAAUAAUGUAUAUAUUACUAAAUUCAUCUUAUCCUUGGCAUUGCUCAUCUUGAAAAUUUUUUUUUGGAGAGUAUUUUUUUUAAGGGUUAACAUCUAAGAGCCCAUACGUAGUAAGAUGCAGCUUUCAUAGAAGUUGGAAUCAGAAUUUUUCAAAUGCAAAUAUAUUCAGUAUUUUGUUUAAAAUCUAAACAAUGGCAAAAAAAAAACCAAAACCCUGAAAACAAUACCCUCUUUAUUGGUUCUGACUUAAUCAUAAUAAAUAUACAUUUAUAGUCCCUGAAUAAGGCAUCCCUUAUGACCAAGAAAGCAUAUUUCUUCUAGUUCUUUCUGCUGCUUUUCAUCAGUCAGGAAGGCUCUGUGGAUGGAGUUUAGCUCUUUGCAGAAAGAAUGGAGUAAGAGUGCUGGGAAAGUGACCAUACCAUAGUAAACAUGGAGCGAAACUCACAAAGGACUUCUGCUGCGGGACUUGAUAGGGGACGUUUGGGACUGGCACUAAACUGAACACCUCCUUCUCUCUUUCCAAAGGUCUUCAGUAAUUAUGUUCUUUUCUUUUUCCUCCUGGACUGCAGGUUCCUGAAGAGGGUUUCUGAGAAAAUGGGCGAGAUGUGGAAGGAGGUUACAUGCAGCUGCUCUGGGGGGGAGGGUAGUAGAGUUGGCAGGCUUAAAGAGAGAGAAUAAAGUAAAUUGCAUGAGUGCAUGCAGGCAUACAUUAUUAUUUUUCACUAACCUCAUUUCCAUGCAUUGUUUUUUUUUAAAAUAUCAUGAUAUUACAAUUCCUCACAAUUCUCCUUCAGAAUUCUUUAUUCGAAAAAGGCCAAAACAGUCAUAUCCACCUUUUUCCAUUUGUUUCACUCUCCUUGUUAAAGUCAGAAAAACUUCAGUGAUGAUUUCUCCCUCGUUAUAGUUGCCCCGGUAGGACUGUCUUCGUCCAGGCCCUGUUUUAACCGGUUGUUUGUUAGACCCAUACUGUUUGUCAGUGUCUGCCUGUUCCGCCUGCAGGCUCGCCUAACAUCCUGUUGCAUGUCUAGAAUGAUUGGACUAGAUUUGUCAGGCAUGUCUUUAUAACCUCUCGUUUUCAGUGCUUGUGUUCUGUUUUACAUUUGUUAUGAAAACCACUGUUUUGUGAAACCUCUCCAGCACUAAUGUUUUCAUCCCAGUGUUCAUGUAUGCUGCUAUAACGUUCCCAUCCAUUGCAACCAUUAUCAUAUUCCAGUUUUGGCAUUAUGAAGAAGUGGUCUAUGGACCCUAAGUAUUUCUGGUGAUUAGAAAAAGAAAACAUCUCUGCUCUAGCCUACAAAACAGAAAAAAGAACUCUUUGAAAUGUGGUAUAUCUCCAACACCUCAUUCUGAGAAGAACCUAUAGUGAGCACUGAAAUCCUGGCAAAGUAACACAGAAGAUACUCACCAUCGCAAGACAAAUGACUCUUUUCAAAAGUCAGCUGCUUGCCAUUCAAACACUGCCUUAAACUAGAGUGCCUAAAUCUGUUGAUUGCCAACACUACCACUACAGUAUCCCACAAAGGGCUUUGUGGAUUGGCUUGGUCUGACCUCCUUUAACUCUCCCCAGUGCUGCUGCAGCUGCAGGAGCCAUGGUAGGUGUCUCCUAGAGCGCUUCUACAUAUGAUGGUGCAUCUCUUCACAUUUAUGCAUCAGAACUAAAGACAUGUGUCUGUCCGUUUUACUUUACUAAAUGUUUUUUUAAUAGAAUUCGUAUGGAAAACCCUCCAUGCCCAGUUGUGUUCUAAUUUGGAGUAUUGAAGCUACCACUUAAUAACUAUAUAAUGAUAGUCUGUUCUCGUGAUGCUUUCAUUUUGAACCAGUUUAAAUUUCAGUGGAACUUUGUAAUGAUUUAUGUGCACUUUUACUUGUGAAAUGGCAAUUUCAAUAUGUUUAUACAUGUAAAUAGUUGUCUGCAGUGCCCCAUUGCUUAUAUUGUCUUGCCUCCCAUUUGUGAUUUUGUUAAUGACUCACAUCAUACCUGAUUUACUAGAGUAAUAGUGAGAUGGGGGGAAGGGAAAUACUUGUACCACUCAUGCUUCAUUAACUCAGUUCUUUGCUGUUUGCGGGAGAAAGAGAAUGUGAAAUGGUCUGUGUUUCAUUGGAUUUUAAGCAAUAUUUUAGAAGCCUUGUGACUCCUUUUAAAAGACUUAUUUCCAGUGUUAUUUGACUUGUACUACCAGUAAAACUAAAGCUGAGUGACUAUUGUGUGGAAGUUGAUUCCUUUAUUAAAAUGAAUAUGCCACUAUUAUACAGCUGAUCGUGUAUUACCUUUGGGGCUAUGAAACUAUCAAGUUUAGAUUUUGGAUAUUGUAUACAGGGUUAUUUAUAUUAUGUGACAUUAUUCAUUACUGACAAACUACAUAUGUAGUUUUUAAAAUCUAGUGCUCUUUUUCUUUUUAAAGAUUAGCAGUGGGAAGGAAAUGUGAUCUGGCUGUUUGUCUUUUGUAUGAGGCCUGGAGUUCUUGUGUUUGCCUGGCUAGCAGCCAACAGGUCAAAGUUUAAGGCUUCCUUGUGAGGACUAACUGUUCUUUUCAAGCUACUGUUUGAUUUUCUAAAAGCAGGAUUUGCUUCCUUUGGGGACAAGUCCCUUCGUGUGGGAUAGUGCAACCUGUAUAUGGGUUAUUACAUAUAGGAAAGACAUUUGUACUUGCACAGCUAGUUAAAAUCAUUCUGAAAAUUGGAACAUGUGAAUUGUCUUCAAGAAAUCUUCAAUUUAUUCAGUAAUUUUUACUCCUUUUUGUGCACAUGUUGAUUUCUUAAUGGUAAAUGCUUUGUUUAAAAUAGUGUUCUCUGUUGAGAAUAUUUUCAUGGAAUAAACAAUCUUUUCAUGGUCAGUCA